AUGCCGUUGACUAUUGCUACCCCGGCUUCCUAUGCCUUACUGCCUUUCAAAGACAUCACUGUCUCGCACGUACCAGCGAACGCCUCUACGGCCACAAAGGUCCUUGUUGUAGCUUUCAAUCGUCCGGAAAAGCACAAUGCCGUCACCGAGAACCUCCUCACUGAGCUUGAAAUAGCCUAUCAAGUCAUCAAUCAAGAUGAACGAGUUCGUGCUGUCGUCCUGACCGGCACAGGCAAGGCAUUCUGUGCCGGAGCCGACCUCCAGGUUGGAUUUACUCCGCUAAUGGCUCAUAAAGAGAGCGAAGAUUCAAUCUCCAAAUACAGAGACCAGGGGGGACGAGUCGCUCUAGCCAUGGCUAACUGCACUAAACCCACUAUUGUCGCCGUCAACGGACCUGCAGCAGGCUUUGGAUUCACUAUUACCCUUCCCGCCGCUAUCCGCGUGGCUUGGUCUGGAGCUAAACUUUCUCUACCUUUCGCCCGUCUGGGUCUUACCCUCGAGUCUUGCAGUGCCUUCUUUCUCCCUCGGCUCAUUGGUCUAGCAAAGGCGACGCAUAUUUCUACUACUGGUGCGACAUAUGUGGCCUCUGACCCGCUUGUUAGCUCGCUCUUUUCGAAACUUCUUCCAACUCCACAAGAGACUGUAGUAUAUGCCAUAGAGCUAGCGGCAGAGAUUGCAGAGAAUACCUCGCUAACCAGCACCAAGCUAAUAAGGGACUUGCUGUUGUAUAGCCCUAAUACUCCAGAAGAAACACAUGUAUUGGAUUCAAAGGCCUUUAUAUCUGUCGUCGGGUCGAAGGACAAUAUAGCUGGUAUCAAGGGCGUUUUGAAGAAAAAAAAGCCAGAGUUUAGUGGGGCUUUUGAUCAAGAGUCUAUACCUUUCUGGCCAUGGUGGAAGCCCGACAAUGGCAGUUAUUUGAAUGCAAAACUGUAA